GCCAGAGGCUGCAGGGACGACAGCAAAUGACAGAGGGGUGAUCAGGUCCCUGCUGCCACCUCCUGGGAUGGAGCCCUAAGGAGCCUUAAAGAGACCCUAUGCUUCCCCCACUUUGGCUGGACUCACAGCCUCCUCCAUGCACUGAAGCCCAGGGCUGUGCAGCAGCCUCUCUCCUUGGACCUCCGCUGGGCCCUGGAGGGACCGGGCAGAGCCCCUGGGACCAUGGUUGGACUGAAGCCUUCAGAGGUGCCUCCCACAACGGCUGUGAAGUUCCUGGGGGCGGGCACAGCGGCCUGCUUUGCUGACCUCCUCACCUUCCCACUGGACACGGCCAAGGUCCGCCUGCAGAUCCAGGGGGAGAACCAGGCGGCCCGAAGCGCGCAGUACCGCGGGGUGCUGGGCACCAUCCUGACCAUGGUGCGCACCGAGGGCCCCCGCAGCCCCUACAAAGGCCUGGUCGCCGGCCUGCAGCGCCAGAUGAGCUUCGCCUCCGUCCGCAUCGGCCUCUACGACUCCGUCAAGCAGUUCUACACCCCCAAGGGAUCGGACCACUCCAGCAUCACUACCCGGAUUUUGGCGGGCUGCACCACCGGGGCCAUGGCAGUGACCUGUGCCCAGCCCACGGAUGUGGUGAAGAUCCGAUUUCAGGCCAGCGUGCAAGCUGGGCCCGGGAGCAAUAGGAAGUACAGCGGGACAAUGGAUGCCUACAGGACCAUCGCCAGGGAGGAAGGGGUUCGGGGCCUGUGGAAAGGAACUCUGCCCAACAUCACGAGGAAUGCCAUCAUCAACUGUGCUGAGAUGGUGACCUACGACGUCAUCAAGGAGAAGCUGCUAGACUACCACCUGCUCACCGACAACUUCCCCUGCCACUUCAUCUCUGCCUUUGGAGCUGGCUUCUGUGCCACAGUGGUGGCCUCCCCAGUGGAUGUGGUGAAGACCCGGUAUAUGAACUCACCCCCAGGCCACUACCGCAGCCCCUUCGACUGUAUGCUGAAGAUGGUGACCCAGGAGGGCCCCACAGCCUUCUAUAAGGGAUUUACACCCUCCUUUUUGCGUCUGGGAGCCUGGAAUGUGGUGAUGUUCGUCACCUACGAGCAACUGAAACGGGCCUUGAUGAAAGUCCAGAUGCUACGGGAAUCUCCGUUUUGACUAAGACAAGGCCACUUGGUACUUAACUAGGACAAAACCAGUUAAGGAUGGAAUAAAGCAGCAGGUCCACACACACAAGGACGUAGACCCACACAUGUUUACAAAACUGUUUACUUGCUGCUGACUCAAGAAAUAGAAGAGGAGGAAGGACUGUGGUCUUCCGUGCUUUGUCUUAAGAAUACCUUUGUUUUGCACUGACAAAAUGGAAAAUAAAUUACAUUAAUUUGUGAAACCCAUCAGGUUGGAUGCCUAACAUUUAGGCAAGGAAAAACAGAUCCAUUUGGAUAAAACGGAAGUUUGCAAACUUACGUCCCCUGAAAAAUCUGAUUAGACGAUGAAUUAUAAACAGGAAAGGGACAGGAGUGGCAUGCGAUUCACUUGGAAAUCAGCUAAGGAGUCUAGAGGGGCACCGCCAAAGCAACACAAAGCUUUUGACUGCAGCCUUCGGUUAGCCGUGGAUCAUCAGCUAUAUUUGUAGCGUGCCUGCUGUGUAAAACCCACUGGGAUUCCAGGAAACGUGAGAAGAAAAGGAGAAAACCUAGAACCUGUGUCAAAGGAGCACUGCUGAGCCAGUGUGAGGCUUAGACCCAUAAAUGUUUGCUGAUGACACUGGAGAAUCAAGAGGGCAGCCUCAGUCUUCUUUCCUGUAAAAUGAGAGUAAUAAUCCCUUUCCUCCUACCUCACUUGGGGUGUUUAUGAGGAUCAAGUGAGAAGCUGGGCAAGAAAGUACAUUAUAAAAGCAAAAGCUCUGUACAAAUGUAAAUAUAAGGACCAUGCCUUGGGAAAGAUUUUGUCAGUCAGUGAGGAAGUGCCAGGGAAGAAGUUUUUGAAAGUCACAGUGGUCUAGAGGUGAGACCAAAGGAACCAGGGGUUCGGGGGCCAGGGGUGACAGAGAAUGAUGUGCAGCUGCGGGAGCCCCCCACUCCCUGCUGGACUGUGAGGCACCUUGAAGGGUGUGGAGUUUUGGGACAAAGAGAUAAAUACUGGGCUGAGAGCCUAAAGUACCAGGACUCAGAAUUUUUGGAAAAUUACUAUGACUCAAUAAAGGAAUUCACACCUUGAGUGUGGGAAUGAGAAUA